AUGGAUUCCUCCAAGCACUCUGUUCCAGCACGCCCAUUUAAGUUGACUUUCAAAUGCACACAGUGCCGGUCGAAAACUUUCAACUCCGCCGAAGCAUUGGCCGCUCACCAGGCUGCAUUGGGCCAUGACCAGGAAGGCUAUGAACGUCGCGAAAAGUUGAAUAGCCGGAACCUGACAAUUGUAAACCGAUACUAUACGGCCUCGAAAAAUAGCACCAACGGAGACAAACAUCUUGGCCACAGAUCUGCACGAGAUAGAGAUGCUGGCAUUCGACUGGACCUUGCUACUCAUAAGCGAAAUUUUACGGUCCUUUCAGAGGAGGAACAUGGUAAUCUUCACGGUAAACUCUUAGCAGCAUGCCACUUAUCUGCACGCCUUAAGACACAGGGAUACAGACUCACAGUUGAACCCCCUGAAAGAAAGCCUCGUAAAGAGAGGCCGACAAAAGAGAAGUCGCCUGAGGAUAAGGUGAAUAAGAACUCUGAAGUGAAGCAACUCGAUGCGACGUCGCCCCAAAACAAGCCACCCGACAAAACGACCUUGAUGAGCUCGUCCAAACCCCCCAAAGACAAACCUCGAGAGCCCAUCCGUUUCUUUCACACGCCACAGUCAGUCCCUGGAUCAUCCCAGACAAGAAAAGCAAUAGCUCUCGACUGCGAGAUGGUUGAGGUAAUGGGUGGUCAGGAUGAGGUAGCCUUCUUUAGUGCCGUUGACUUCUUCACGGGAGAGGUGCUUAUCCAUAAGUACGUCCAACCUACGAAAAGAGUUGUCCACUGGCGAACACGGGUGAGUGGAAUUACACCGAUGGCCAUGAAUGAGGCAACACGAGCUGGCCAGGCGUUGUCUGGAUGGAAAUCAGCUCAACAAGCGCUUUGGAAGUACGCCGACACAAACACCGUCCUUAUUGGACACAGCCUCAACAACGACCUCAGAGUUCUUCGAAUAAUUCACCCAAGAAUUGUGGACUCUGCAAUCUUAUCGAGUGAAGCGGUUUUCAACCUGGCCCCCGAUGUGUCACUCAGACGGAUCUGGGCGCUGAAGUUGAUCACGAAGGAGUUCCUUAAUCGAGCCACUCAGACCGGAGGUAGAAGAGGGCACGAUUGUCUUGAGGAUGCCUAUAGCGCCCGAGAUGUCGUUAUCUGGUGCCUAAGGAACCCUGGUAAGUUGACGGUUUGGGCACAGAACGCCAGAGCCGAGCAUGAGGCCAAGAUGGAGCAGUUGCGCAAGGAGCGUGAAGCUCGGGCCCAGGAGGAGAAAGAGAAGAAGGAGAAAGAGAAAUCAGAGAAGGAGGCAAAAGAGAGAAUGAAGGAGUCGGAGAUGCUCGAGCAAACUGGGGAUGCGAACUCGAGUGCAAAGGUUGUGCCACCGGAGAGCUGUCAAUUGCUGGAUAACCUUGAAUUACCAGCCGAACCAAGUUGCCUUGCCUCAUAG